GUAGAUAGUACACACACAUAAAAACACCCCCCCCCCCAUUCACAGCCUCAGAUCACUCUCUCUUCUCGGACUUCCUCUGUUUGCUUUCGAUAUUUUGUGAGUUGGGUUUGAAAUGGCAGAUGAAAUAGCAGCACAGAAAUGGGUGCUGAUGGUAACGGCUCAAACACCCACCAACAUAGCAGUGAUAAAGUACUGGGGGAAGAGAGACGAAACCCUGAUUUUGCCAAUCAAUGAUAGCAUCAGUGUUACUUUAGAUCCGGCUCAUCUUUGCACCACCACCACUGUUUCUGUUAGUCCCAGCUUUGAGAAAGAUCGUAUGUGGCUCAAUGGCAAGGAGAUAUCCCUUUCUGGAGCUAGAUACCAAACUUGUUUGAGGGAGAUUCGUUCGCGUGCUACUGAUGUUGAGGAUGAGAAGAAGGGUAUCAAGAUUGGGAAAAAGGAUUGGGAGAAACUGCAUGUGCACAUUGCUUCUCAUAACAAUUUCCCAACUGCUGCUGGUUUGGCUUCCUCAGCAGCCGGUUUUGCUUGCCUUGUUUUUUCCCUUGCAAAGCUAAUGAACGUGAAAGAAGACCAAGGGAAACUUUCUGCUAUAGCAAGGCAAGGUUCGGGCAGUGCUUGUCGCAGUUUAUUUGGUGGAUUUGUCAAGUGGAAGAUGGGAAAAGAGGAGGAUGGAAGUGACAGCAUUGCUGUUCAACUUGCUGAUGAGAAGCACUGGGAUGAGCUUGUGAUUGUUAUAGCAGUGGUAAGUUCACGGCAGAAGGAAACAAGUAGCACUUCAGGAAUGCUUGAGAGUGUUGAAACAAGUAUGCUUAUAAAACAUAGAGCAAAGGAAGUAGUACCAAAGCGCAUAAUUCAAAUGGAAGAAGCCAUAAAAGAUCGUGAUUUUCCAUCCUUUGCACGUCUGGCUUGUGCUGACAGUAAUCAGUUUCAUGCUGUCUGCCUGGAUACAUGUCCCCCUAUAUUCUACAUGAAUGACACAUCCCAUAGGAUAAUUAGCUAUGUCGAGAAAUGGAAUCGUUCCGAAGGAACACCUCAGGUGGCUUAUACUUUUGAUGCGGGGCCAAAUGCGGUACUAAUUGCACGGAACAGAAAAGUUGCUGCCCAAUUGCUUCAGAGGCUGCUUUUUUACUUUCCUCCGCAAUCAGAUUGUGAUUUCAACAGUUACCUUCUCGGUGAUAGGUCGAUACUACAAGAUGUUGGGGUUCAGGACUUAAAGGAUGUGGAAGCUUUGCCCCCACCACCAGAAAUUAAGGAUAACACUACUACAACCCAGAAAUACAAGGGAGACGUUAGUUAUUUUAUCUGCACAAGGCCCGGGAGAGGUCCUGUUUUGCUACCUGAUGAAAGUCAUGCCCUUCUUUGCCCUGAAACUGGACUGCCCAAGUAAAGGAGGACUUUUUUUUUUCACCUUUUUGACAGGACUACUUUUGAUGUGUUCCAUUCCCAGGCUGGCGCAAAAUUCUGAGCCUGAAGUAUUGCACUCAGAUGGUCUCUUAGUGCCGUAGAUGGAACUGUCCAAUAAUUCUGUGUACUUUUUCUAUCUUUGUAGUUUGAUUUCCAUUUCUCAUGUAUCUGCAUUUUUCUGUUGUGCAAUCACUGUUUAUGUACUCAAAUUUGGUUCAUUGCAAUGAAUAAGUUGUCCUCUUAAACCAAGCGGCAUUGCUUCUGAG